CUCCUCCUUUCCCACCUGCCCAGCCCCCUGGUCAGCGUUCCGCGCCCCACUCACUUCCCGAGUCUGCUGCGCGCCGGCAGCAGCCUGGUCAUGUCAGGAUGGAGAUCCGGCAGCACGAGUGGCUCUCGGCCUCCCCCCACGAGGGCUUCGAGCAGAUGAGGCUGAAAAGCCGCCCCAAGGAGCCCUCGCCAAGCCUGACCCGAGUGGGCGCGAACUUCUACAGCAGCGUCAAGCAGCAGGACUACAGCGCCAGCGUCUGGCUCCGGAGGAAAGACAAGCUGGAACACUCCCAGCAGAAGUGCAUCGUGAUCUUUGCUCUAGUCUGCUGCUUUGCUAUUCUUGUGGCAUUGAUAUUUUCAGCGGUGGACAUCAUGGGAGAAGAUGAGGAUGGACUCUCAGAAAAAAAUUGUCAAAAUAAAUGUCGGAUUGCCCUGGUGGAAAAUAUUCCUGAAGGUCUUAACUAUUCUGAAAGUGCACCAUUUCACCUACCACUUUUCCAAGGCUGGAUGAAUUUACUCAACAUGGCCAAAAAGUCUGUUGACAUCGUUUCUUCUCAUUGGGAUCUCAACCACAGUCAUCCAUCAGCAUGUCAGGGUCAACGUCUUUUCGAAAAGUUGCUCCAGCUGACUUCCCAAAAUAUAGAAAUCAAGCUUGUGAGUGAUGUGACAGCUGAUUCAAAGGUAUUAGAAGCCUUGAGAUUAAAGGGAGCCGAGGUGACCUACAUGAACAUGACGGCCUACAACAAGGGCCGGCUGCAGUCUUCCUUCUGGAUUGUGGACAAGCAGCAUGUGUAUAUUGGCAGUGCGGGUUUGGACUGGCGAUCCCUUGGACAGAUGAAAGAACUUGGUGUCAUCUUCUACAACUGCAGCUGCCUGGUCCUAGAUUUACAAAGGAUAUUUGCCUUAUAUAGUUCAUUAAAAUUCAAGAGCAGGGUGCCUCAGACCUGGUCCAAGAGACUCUAUGGAGUCUAUGACAAUGAAAAGAAAUUGCAACUUCAGCUGAAUGAAACCAAGUCACAAGCUUUUGUGUCGAAUUCUCCCAAACUCUUUUGCCCUAAGAACAGAAGCUUUGACAUAGAUGCCAUCUACAGUGUGAUUGAUGAUGCCAAGCAGUAUGUGUACAUUGCCGUCAUGGACUACCUGCCCAUCUCCAGCACAAGUACCAAAAGGACUUACUGGCCAGAUUUGGAUGGGAAAAUACGAGAAGCUUUAGUUUUGCGAAGCGUUAAAGUCCGACUCCUUAUAAGUUUCUGGAAGGAAACCGACCCCCUUACCUUCAACUUCAUUUCAUCUCUUAAAGCUAUCUGCACCGAAAUAGCCAACUGCAGUUUGAAAGUUAAAUUUUUUGAUCUGGAAAGAGAGAAUGCGUGCGCAACAAAAGAACAAAAGAAUCACACCUUUCCUAAAUUAAACCGAAACAAGUACAUGGUAACAGACGGAGCAGUUUAUAUUGGAAACUUUGAUUGGGUUGGGAAUGAUUUUACCCAGAAUGCUGGCACGGGGCUCGUUAUCAACCAGGCUGACGUGAGGAACAACAGAAGCAUCAUUAAGCAGCUUAAAGAUGUGUUUGAAAGGGACUGGUACUCACCUUAUGCCAAAACCUUACAGCCAACCAAACAGCUGAACUGCUCAAGCAUGUUCAAACUCAAUCCCCCUUCCCACAAAGCUGCUGCUUACAAUGAGAGUGGGGUACAGCCCUGAGUGUGUGGCAUAAGUGGACAGAGGACAGAGCAGCUCCAUGGUUUGUAUUUAGCAUUAAGGGCUGUGGGAGAGAAAAUAUUUAAUGUCUCUCUUUUUUUAGGGGAAAAAAAGCACACUUAUUAAAAUGAAUGACAUGUAAUAUCUAGCUAACUGUGUCUUGGCACCAUGUACACUAAAUUUAAGACUUUUGUAUUUGUUACUUCUGACAGAGAAUGUCAAUCUUGCUUAGAAGUUCAUUUUUAUGUUUGCAUACAAAUUUUAAGACUUUGAUUCCUAUUCCUUUCUGGUUUGAGAACUUUUUCUGCUGAUCCACCAGGUUAGUUUCUUCGGAAGCUUAGCAUGAGGUGAGCUCUUUUCUUUAAUACCUUUCUGAAAACUGCUGACUUUGAGAAAGGUGAGGAUUUUUGCCUCAGAAGAGACUGAUAAAGCCAAGUACUUAUAUUUGUAAAUCAUCUGCAAAACCUGUCCAGUCAUCUAAGCACGAAGCUUCUUUCUCAUCCCAGCCUUCAACACUCCAAAGAAAUGCCCUUUUGUGUUUCUUUGUUCAUUGUCUUCUAAUACCAGAAGUUUUAUUUUGUACCAUUUUCUCUCCUCAGAAAAUGUUCUUACAGCAUCCCUAUAUUCAUCUUAACAUUAGUUCCAAGUACAAUAACAUUUUGAAAAUGUACACAUUUCUCAGAAUGGAUACAAAAUGGAAAUGGCAGUCUUUAAUUUUCACCUUCCAACUGAAUUAUUUUCCCCUAAUCGAACUGGUUAUUUUAAAACCACUGCCAGGAAUGUGUGUCCUUUCUCUCAAGCUCAGAAAAAUGCAGUGGCCACCUGCUAAUAUCCAGCAAGUCAGCAUUUUAAGAACAAAGUAGUUCUUCACAUUUUGUUUAGUUAAUGGUAUUUAUUAUAAAGAAAAGGUUUCUAUGCAUCAGUGAAUUUUAAUUUCUUUAGGAUCAUUAUGCUGUUGAAAGUAUGCCAGCAAAUGUUU